UUCUUCCCCUUCCUUUCUGGUGCUGUGUGUCAGUGGUGGUGAUCACCUCUGAGGAAGAAAAGCCCACUUCCACUGACCAUGGAGAACACUCAGCAUCUCUGCUUGAUUGUGACAAGGGCAGUUUUUGGAUGGACCAUGAAAUGCUUCUAAAGUAGCCAAGAAUUAACUCUCCUAAUCUUUUUGUUUAAUAAGCAUGUUACCACCAAGGUAUCUUACCCAGUGAAGUCAACUGCAUAGUGUAAUCACAUUAUUUACACAUUUAACUUACAUGCAAAUAUAAUACAUAGGACUCUACUAAAACACAGCAAGAGUGAGAGAGAAAAAUAACAUUUUACAUAGUGCACACACAUUCAACCUUCCUUUUCAGUGAGUCCCAGGCAAUGGAUGAGAUUAAAUCUGAAGCGGUUCAUAUUGAAGAAAGCUAUUGAAAGAAUAUGGAGAUGAUUUUAAGGGUUUCCUAGUAACUGAUAAAUGUUCAGAUGGCUAGACAACUGAGUGGGAGAACUUCUUGUCAUUUACAAGGGUUAUUGAAGGUUGUUGAGAAGCUUUACUUAAAAGGAUUAGAGGAACUGACAAAAUCUCCUACAAAGAAUGACAUGAGGAAAACAAGUUGAAACUUUUGUAAAUUUACUAGGUAUUCAAGAGUAAAACCCUGAUUGAUUUAAUUUCUGAGUGUUCUUUAUGGGUUUUCAGUGGUUAUUUUUACGAUACACUAUUAUCUCCUUACCACCUGUUCCAUAAGUAAGAUGCUAACUAUUGUACAGAUACAGUAGUAUCUGUAUGGAUUUAGUUUGAUAGUGUAAAUUGAGUAAUGGGUAAUUUCAUUAAGAAGCCAAUUCUUGGCUGAUAACUACCUUUUUUAAAAAAUGUGGGCCUGAUCUUCCUUCUCAUAGUAGAAAUCUUUGAAUUUAAAAUCUAGAUUCUAGGGAAUUCCCUGGCAGUCCAGCAGCUAGGACAUGGCAUUUUCACUGUUUUGGACCCAGGUUCAUUCCCUAGUCAGGGAACUAAGAUCUUGCAAGCCAUGUGGCACGUCCAAUAACAACAAAAUAAUAGAAUCUAGAUUCUAUAAUAAAGCGAUUAUUUCUUUACCAUCCUAGUAAUUUGUGCCAUAAACACCAUUUUACUUUGUUGCUAGGGUGUUUUUCCACCCAAAUUCACUGCUUAGAUAAUUAUUACAUCGGGAUUGCAAACCACCUACCAGGUGAACAUGAUUAAAGAUGAUGGGACAGUUAUUCAUUUCAACAAUCCCAAAGUCCAAGCUUCCCUUUCUGCCAACACCUUUGCAAUUACCGGCCAUGCAGAAGCCAAACCAAUCACAGAAAUGCUUCCUGGAAUAUUAAGUCAGCUUGGUGCUGACAGCUUAACAAGUCUUAGGAAGUUAGCUGAACAGUUCCCUCGGCAAGUGCUGGAUAGCAAAACCCCAAAACCAGAAGACAUUGAUGAAGAGGAGGAUGAUGUUCCAGAUCUCGUAGAAAAUUUUGAUGAGGCAUCAAAGAAUGAAGCUAACUAAGAUCUUUUCUGAUUUUUGGAAGCUGGCAUGGACUAGAUUUAACAAAUCAGCUAUGUGGUUCCAAAGUUUUACAGACACGGAGAACAUCAACUGUUACUAGUUCAGUAAUAUAAAUAUUUUGUAUAUUAAUAAUGCUGUUUAUUCAGCAAUUUUUGGUCAUUUAAUUUUGCAUUUUGCACUUCCUCCCAGGAUCUAUUCUUUUGGUCAAAAUAUGAAGUGUUGGUGCAGUUUGAGGGUCUUUUGGUUUUUGAUUCAUGGUUUUUUUGUUUUUUGUUGGGGUAUUUUAGGUGUGUGUAUGUGUGUAUGUGUGUGUGUGGAUAUGUGUGUAUACAGUGGAGAGCAAAUUGGAAAACAGUUUUAUUUAUCCUCCUCCUUACCCCAGUAGAAAUAAAACAAAUCUUUACAUUUGUUACUUUUUAUUUUUUCUAAUGAUGCACAGAAUUAAUAAAAAGUGAGGGUCUUGGAUUUCAAAUCUGAGAAGAUUCUA